CUGUUUCUAGAGCAGCUUGUUGGAUUGGCAGGUGUGAAGACAGCCAGAGGUUGGAUCCGGAUGCUCUUUGCUUUUCUGUACAGCACUUUCUCCACAUUCCAGGGCUCAUGUAAUCAAGGAAGUUUCUUUGUUGUGUGUAUCUUUACAGAACACAACAGGAAUUGAAAAUGCAUCAGAACGCUGAGUCUGUGGCGGCCACUGAGACUCUGGCUGAGGUACCUGAACAUGUGCUUCGAGGACUUCCAGAAGAAGUAAGACUUUUGCCAUCUGCGGUCGACAAGACUCGGAUUGGUGUCUGGGCCACUAAGCCGAUUUUAAAAGGGAAAAAGUUUGGACCAUUUGUUGGUGAUAAGAAGAAGAGAUCCCAGGUUAGGAAUAAUGUGUACAUGUGGGAGGUGUACUAUCCAAAUUUGGGGUGGAUGUGCAUUGAUGCCACCGAUCCGGAGAAGGGCAACUGGCUCCGCUAUGUGAACUGGGCUUGCUCAGGAGAAGAACAGAAUUUAUUUCCGCUAGAAAUCAACAGAGCCAUUUACUAUAAAACCUUAAAGCCAAUCGCGCCUGGCGAGGAGCUCCUGGUCUGGUACAAUGGGGAAGACAACCCCGAGAUAGCAGCUGCGAUUGAGGAAGAGCGAGCCAGCGCCCGGAGCAAGCGGAGCUCCCCGAAGAGCCGCAGAGGGAAGAAGAAAUCACAAGAGAAUAAAAACAAAGGCAUCAGAACCCAGGCUACACAGCUGAAGUCAAGCGAGCUGGACUCCACCUUUGUAAACAUGAGGGGCUCUGCAGAAGGUCCAAAAGAAGAGGAUGAGAGGCCUUUGGCGUCUGCACCUGAGCAGCCAGCUCUUCUGCCAGAGGUGGUAAGCCAGGAUGCCGUUCCACAGGUGGCUAUCCCUCUUCCUGCCUGCGAGUCACAGCCAGAGGCAGAUGGGAAACAAGUCAUAGACUGUGAGGUCAACAAUACGAAGGGAGAGGAAGAGGAGGAGGAGGAGCUGGAAGAGGAAGAAGGGGAGGAGGAGGAGUUGGGAGAAGAUGGGGAGGAAGAAGCAGACAUGCCGGAUGAAAGCUCUGUGAAAGAGCCAGAAAUACGGUGUGAAGAGAAGCCAGAAGAUUUGUUAGAAGAGCCACAGAGUGUGUCAAAUGAAACUUCUGAAGACUUUCCAGAUGGGGCCCCUCCUCUCCACAUUCCCAGAACUAGAGAGGAGGCCAACGGUGAUGUGCUUGAAACAUUUAUGUUUCCAUGUCAGCAUUGUGAAAGAAAAUUUGCAACGAAGCAGGGGCUAGAACGUCACAUGCACAUCCACAUUUCUACAAUCAAUCAUACUUUCAUGUGCAAGUACUGUGGGAAAAUGUUUGGCACACAGAUUAACAGGAGGCGGCAUGAAAGGCGCCAUGAAACAGGGUUGAAGAGAAGACCCAGCAUGACAUUACAGCCCUCAGAAGAUCCAGACGAUGGCAAGGGGGACAGUGUUACUUCUAAAGAUGACUCGAGCCCACCUCAACUUGGGCAAGACUGUCUGAUAUUGAACUCAGAGAAAACCUCACAGGAAAUACUGAAUUCAUCUUUUGUGGAAGAGAAUGGCGAAGUUAAAGAACUGCAUCCAUGCAAAUACUGCAAAAAGGUAUUUGGGACUCACACCAAUAUGAGACGACAUCAGCGUAGAAUUCAUGAACGCCACCUGAUUCCCAAAGGUGUCCGGCGAAAAGGAGGACUCCUAGAAGAGCCGCAGCCACCAGCAGAGCAGGCCCCACCCUCCCAGAAUGUCUAUGUACCAAGCACAGAGCCAGAGGAGGAAGGGGAAACUGAUGAUGUGUACAUCAUGGACAUUUCUAGCAACAUCUCUGAAAAUCUGAAUUACUAUAUUGAUGGUAAGAUUCAGACCAACAACAGCACUAGUAAUUGUGAUGUGAUUGAGAUGGAGUCUAAUUCUGCACACUUGUAUGGCAUAGAUUGUCUGCUUACUCCAGUAACUGUGGAGAUUACUCAAAAUAUAAAGAGCACUCAGGUCUCUGUGACGGAUGAUCUUCUUAAAGAAUCUCCCAGCAGCACAAAUUGUGAGUCUAAGAAACGGAGGACUGCCAGUCCACCUGUGCUCCCCAAAAUUAAAGCAGAGACAGAUUCUGAUUCCGUGGCACCCUCAUGUUCCUUAAGUCUGCCCCUGAGCAUAUCAACAACAGAGGUGGUGUCUUUCCAUAAAGACAAGGGUGUCUAUUUGUCUUCAAAGCUCAAGCAGCUUCUUCAGACCCAGGACAAGCUGACUCCUCCUGCAGGGAUUUCAGCAGCUGAGAUUCCCAAAUUAGGUCCCGUGUGUGUAUCUGCUCCUGCAUCCAUGUUACCUGUGACUUCUAGUAGGUUCAAGAGACGUACCAGCUCUCCGCCCAGUUCUCCACAGCACAGCCCUGCCCUUCGAGACUUUGGGAAACCAAGUGAUGGGAAAGCAGCCUGGACAGACUCAGUUCUGACUUCCAAGAAACCGAAGUUAGAAAGUCGGAGUGACUCACCAGCAUGGAGUUUGUCUGGGAGAGAUGAGAGAGAAACCGGAAGCCCUCCUUGCUUUGACGAAUACAAAAUAUCAAAAGAAUGGGCAGCCAGUUCUACUUUCAGCAGCGUGUGCAACCAGCAGCCAUUGGACUUAUCCAGUGGCGUCAAACAGAAGUCAGAGGGCACAGGCAAGACUCCAGUCCCGUGGGAAUCUGUAUUGGAUCUCAGUGUGCAUAAAAAGCCUUGUGACUCUGAAGGCAAGGAAUUCAAAGAGAACCAUUUGGCACAACCAGCUGCAAAGAAGAAAAAACCAACCACCUGCAUGCUACAAAAGGUUCUUCUCAAUGAGUACAAUGGUGUUAGCUUACCUUCAGAAACCACACCAGAGGUGACCAGGAGCCCAAGUCCUUCUAAGUCCCCAUAUACACAGCCAGACCCUGAACUUGGCACUGACUCGAGUUGCUCAGCCCCCACUGCUGAGUCUCCGCCUGAAGUUGUUGGCCCUCCAUCACCCCCACUCCAGGCAGCCUCCCUGUCUUCUGGUCAGCUGCCUCCUCUCUUGAUCCCCACAGAGCCUUCUUCUCCUCCUCCUUGUCCUCCUGUGUUGACUGUUGCCACUCCACCACCUCCCCUCCUUCCAACUGUCCCUCUCCCCAACCCCCCUUCUGAUGCCUCUCCUCAGCAGUGCCCCUCUCCAUUCUCGAAUGCCACUGCUCAGUCUCCUCUUCCAAUUCUCUCCCCAACAGUGUCCCCCUCUCCGUCUCCUAUUCCUCCUGUAGAGCCACUCAUGUCUGCUACUUCCCCUGGCCCUCCAACACUUUCUUCCUCUUCCUCCUCCUCUUCCUUUUCUUCCUCCUCAUGCUCUUCCACCUCCCCCUCACCACCCCCUCUCUCAGCAGUGUCAUCUGUGGUUUCCUCUGGGGACAACCUGGAAGCAUCUCUCCCUGCAAUAACUUUCAAACAGGAAGAGUCAGAGAGUGAAGGUCUGAAACCCAAGGAAGAGGCCCCACCGACAGGUGGACAGAGUAUUGUCCAAGAAACAUUCAGCAAAAACUUUGUUUGCAAUGUCUGUGAAUCACCUUUUCUUUCUAUUAAAGACCUAACCAAACAUUUAUCUGUUCAUGCUGAAGAUUGGCCCUUCAAAUGUGAGUUUUGUGUGCAGCUUUUUAAGGGUAAGACUGAUCUGUCAGAGCAUCGGUUUCUGCUUCAUGGAGUCGGAAAUAUCUUUGUGUGUUCCGUAUGUAAGAAAGAAUUUGCCUUCUUAUGCAAUUUACAGCAGCACCAGCGUGAUCUCCACCCAGAUGAAGUAUGCACACACCACGAGUUUGAAAGUGGGACCCUGAGGCCCCAGAACUUCACAGACCCCAGCAAGGCCCAUGUGGAGCAUAUGCCGAGUUUGCCAGAAGAGCCUUUGGAAACUUCUAGAGAGGAGGAGUUAAAUGAUUCCUCUGAAGAGCUUUACACAACCAUCAAAAUAAUGGCUUCUGGAAUAAAGACAAAAGAUCCAGAUGUUCGACUUGGUCUCAACCAGCAUUACCCAAGCUUUAAACCACCUCCAUUUCAGUACCAUCAUCGAAACCCUAUGGGGAUUGGGGUGACAGCCACAAACUUCACCACCCACAAUAUUCCACAGACUUUCACUACUGCCAUUCGCUGCACCAAGUGUGGCAAGGGUGUGGAUAAUAUGCCUGAGCUGCAUAAGCACAUCUUGGCGUGUGCAUCUGCAAGUGACAAGAAGAGGUACACGCCUAAGAAAAACCCGGUGCCCCUCAAACAGACCGUGCAGCCCAAAAACCUCGGAGUGCUGCUCUUAGACAACUCUGGGAAAAAUGCCUUCAGACGGAUGGGGCAGCCUAAGAGACUGAGCUUCAAUGUGGAACUCAACAAAAUGUCUCCAAAUAAGCUCAAGCUAAGUGCAUUGAAGAAAAAAAAUCAGCUGGUACAGAAAGCGAUCCUUCAGAAGAACAGAUCUGCGAAGCAGAAGGCAGACGUGAGGGACACUUCUGAGGCGUCCUCACAUAUCUGCCCUUACUGUGACAGGGAGUUCACAUACAUCGGCAGCCUGAACAAGCAUGCUGCCUUCAGCUGUCCUAAAAAACCCCUUUCUCCUUCCAAAAGAAAAGCUUCCCAUUCAUCUAAGAAAGGUGGCCACGCAUCAUCUUCUAGCAGUGACAGAAACAGUAGCAGCAAUCCCCGGAGGCGGACUGCAGACACAGAGAUCAAGAUGCAGAGCAUGCAGGCGCCCUUGGGCAAGACCAGAGCCCGGAGUACUGGCCCCACCCAAACCUCACUGCCCUCCUCAUCCUUCAGAUCCAGACAGAAUGUCAAAUUUGCAGCUUCAGUCAAAUCCAAAAAAGCAAGCUCUUCAUCCUUGAGGAAUUCUAGUCCCAUAAGAAUGGCUAAAAUUACUCAUGUUGAGGGCAAAAAAUCCAAAGCCGUGGCCAAGAGUCACUCUACUCAGCUCUCAAGCAAACCGUCCCGAAGCCUGCAUGUGAAAGUGCAGAAGAGCAAAGCUGUUCUGCAGAGCAAGACUGCCCUGGCCAGGAAGAAAAGAACAGACCGCUUCAUAGUCAAAGCUCGAGAGCGGAGCGGGGGCCCAGUCACUCGAAGCCUUCAGCUGGCAGCUGCUGCGGACCUGAGUGAAAGCAGGAGAGAGGACAGCAGUGCCAGGCAUGAGCUGAAGGACUUCAGCUACAGCCUCCGCCUGGCCUCCCGGUGCGCCUCGUCAACAGCCCCUUACAUCACCAGACAAUGCAGAAAGGUCAAGGCUGCAGCAGCGACUCAGUUCCAGGGACCCUUCUUCAAAGAGUAGGCAUUUUGUAAGUUCCUUAACAGCACCUGAAGUGACCUGGAAUCAGUGAAGCCAAAGGGACCAGCAGUCUGUCCUGCAGAGAGCACUGACCUCUCCCAGUUGUGAGAGCGAGAGAGUGAGCAUGAGAGAGAGAGAGAGAGAGAGAGAGAGAGAGAGAGAGAGAGAGAGCAUGUGUGCAUGUGUGUGUGCUGGUGCAUGUGUGUGGUCUUCAAGCCGAGGUCCUGGCCUCAGGAGCAGGACCUCCACGCCGUCCUCUGGAUGAUCCUUGGACAUGGCCCAGAACCGUGCUCUGUGGUGCAGCCACCCUGCCCGGGAGGGGCAUCUCCUUCUAUGCAAUUUUUUAAAAGAGUUCCUUGGCCCUGCCUUGUGCUUCUCGAACUGUCCGUUUGCUGUCGCUGGGGACCUUGAUCUGGCCCUGAGGGGUGGGGAGAGGACCUGUCUAAGGAUAACCUUUCAGAGGUCAAGCUCCCCUUCACGCCAUGCCCCCCCCACCCCCACCGACCUUUUUCCUCACACUGUCUCUGGGAAUCAAUAGCAAAUAGCAUAUAGAUCCAUCAGGGCGGAGCCUGAAAGAGUAGAAAAGCCUCCCCCCUUCCUCCCUAAGCAACUGGAGCCGUCAGCUUUCAUUUCCCCCUCGAGGUCUGAGAGUCCACUGCGAACCCCAGAGCCCGUGCCCAGGAUGCAGACUCUGGCCCACCCCUUCUCAUUUAGAAGAAGCAGUGUCUGGGGACGCUGGGGUGGGGGUGUGACUCUCCUGUGUCUUCUGUAGUCUCCUCUGGUGGGACCUCCCACACCAUUAGCAGCCGACCCUUGCAAGUUAGCUGCAAAGAGAAGCAGAGGGAAAAAAAUAAUAAAGAGGGAAAUAAAAAGUAUAUGGAUGGGUUCAAACAAACAAACAAAAAAACCCAAGGAGGUUUUGAAUGGGUGAUUUUCAGAUUUUCAGAUGUAAAAGCACUUGCCAGGGAAGGGCAGGGCUGACCCCUGCUGUGGUGGAUGUCGGAGGCAGACCUUGGUUGCUGAGGUUCUAGGGUUUUGUGCCUUUGGGGCAGAGGAUGCCUGAGACAAUUUUGAUACUGUUUCCUCAGCUCCGUUCUGGUCCCUACCUGUCAAAAGUAGGACAAAACUUGGGAGAGUUGUCACACAAGAGAGGGGCUGUCUUUUUUUCAGGGCUACUAUGGUUGAUAUUGCAACUCUGUAAAUAUGUAUGUAGACACUUUUCAAAGCACGUAUUUAUGGACCCUACUGUAAAUGCCCCCAUUUUUAAAGUUUUAUAACAUGUGUUAUUUAAUUAAUCUGUUGACUGGCUGCAGUAAGGGGACUGACUGGUCCAGGAAAAAGGGUCCCUGGAGACCCUCACAUGGGCAGGAAAACACCCAUCAUUGUCCCUCGUCACAGUUUUCUGAUUCACCCACCCAGCCAGACUCUGGCGCACCCUUUGUUAUUUCUUCAACUGGAUUUUUUUUUCCUUCUGCACACCCCACAGUUAAUCCUCUAAAGCAUGGACUCGUGGCUGUUGCUAACCCCACUGACACAGUAUGCCCUGCAACUGGUCACACGGCCUGUGUCCCAGUCCCAGCCCCUCCCAGAAGCCAGGAAAACGCACGAACCCAAAGUCCUGGCAAGCCGCUUUCAGCCAAACUUGGAAAACGUUGCUGGGCUCUUGGGGGAUUCUCUCUCUCUCUCUCUCUCUCUCUCUCUCUCUCUCUCUCUCUCUCUCUCUCUCUCUCUCUCUCUCUUUCUCCCUUCCUCCCUCUCUUUGCAUGUGCAAACUGUGCUGGGUCACCACCCUUCAACACUUCCCAGAUUGUCAGGAAAACAAAGAGAAAGUUUUGUGGGGCGCGGUGUUUCCUGGUCAGUGGAGGGCUUCCCGAGCGGAUUUCGGUCCCGGCGAGGAAGAUCCAGUGUCUGCCAUGUGAAGACAGUGAACAAUAAAAGUGCGGAGCGAUUCUGAAA